GUCAUGGUCGGUUGUGCACUGUUUUGUUGCGUUGUCAGUUGCCUGUCUGUAAUCUGAUUGUCACGAACGUUAACUUUCUUACUUCGAUGUGAUAAUCAUGAUUUUUGAACUUCAAUACUUAAGCAUUUUAUCUAUUGCUCUUUGAUUUCUAUACAUACAUGAUACUUAUGCGCCUACUCGGUCUAAUGGACACCCAAUAUUACUGUAUUUAUAUUUAUUUUAUUUUAUUUUGAGGGUAAUAUCGCGUGUGACUGUCGCAUUUUAGUAAUAAUCUGAAGACCAAAUUGUUUGAAAGUGUUACUGUAAUUUAUUAUCUUAGGACUUUACUGAGUGCAUAAUGGACCAAAGUAGCAUAACUCCAAAUACCUCCAAUCCAGAGUUGGAGAUAAAUGGUGAUAAUGAUUCGGCUACCACGUUGCUUCAGGAGAAGCAAACUAGGAGAAGAGAAACACUGAGAGAUGUUACUUUCAUUGAAUACAUGACUGUCGGAGUGCUGUGUUUUGUCAAUCUCAUCAAUUAUAUGGACAGAUUCACACUAGCAGGUGUGCUGGGUGACGUUAAAAAAGAAUUUGGCAUCGGCGAUGACAGUGCCGGACUCCUUCAGACUGUUUUUGUGGUGGCGUACAUGGUGUUCGCGCCAAUAUUCAGUUACCUCGGGGAUAGGCAAUCGAGACGCGCCAUCAUGGCGUUUGGGGUCGGACUCUGGUGCAUCACCACAUUUAUCGGAUCCUUCGUUACUAACUUCAAGUUAUUUGCUUUCUUCCGGGGCCUAGUCGGCAUCGGUGAGGCGUCAUACUCGACUAUAGCACCCACCAUCAUAAGUGACUUAUUUGUCGGCAACAUACGCUCCAAGAUGCUAGCACUUUUCUACUUCGCCAUCCCGGUUGGCAGUGGUAUGGGAUAUAUUGUGGGCUCAUUGGCGGGGGCCGCGGCCGGCAAUUGGCGAUGGGGUUUACGUGUGACUCCAUUUAUGGGUGUUGUGGCAGUGGCACUUAUCUUAUGGGUAAUGAUAGAUCCCGAACGUGGCCAAGCUGAAGACAGUCAAAUAAGACCGACUUCCUACAGAGAUGAUAUACGAGCGCUUGUCAAAAAUCGGUCUUUCAUGCUUUCGACGCUCGCGUUCACAUGCGUAGCGUUCGUAACAGGCGCCCUCGCGUGGUGGGGACCCCAAUUCAUAUAUCUAGGGCUCACCUUGCAACCCGACGUCGAUAUCACUAUAGAGAGGUUGUCGCUAAUCUUCGGCGUGGUGACGAUGAUGUCGGGGGUGACGGGCGUGCCGCUGGGCACGUGGCUGGGCGCGACCCUUCAGAAGCGGUUCCCGCGCGCGCACCCCCUCGUCUGCGGCGCUGGCCUGCUGCUGUCCGCGCCCGCCAUCGGUCUCGGCAUGCUCCUCACCGAGGCCUAUUUCUACACGCCCUUCGUCCUCAACUUCCUAGGCCAAGUCGCUUUGAAUCUCAACUGGGCAAUAGUGGCCGAUAUGUCACUGUAUGUUGUUAUCCCGCCUCGACGCUCUACUGCGGAGGCGUUCCAGAUUCUCAUAUCACACAUGUUCGGUGAUGCUGGUAGUCCUUACUUGGUUGGAGUGAUAUCAGAAAGUCUCAAGAGAUCUUUGUCUCCGUCCCCGUCAGAAAUGCCUUCUCAGAUUGUGCAAUUCCAGGCACUGCAAUAUGCUUUGUUUGUGACCUGCUUCGUAGAAGUCCUAGGAGGCAUAUUCUUCCUUCUAACGGCCGUCUACAUUGUUAAGGAUAAACAAACUGUAGACAGAGCAAUUGCUGAAAUUGCUGAGCAUCCAAGUACAGAACCAUCGCACAGUAGGGCUGAAGAAGAGAAUGUAAGUGGUGAAUAGUUGUAGGUAGGCUAGAAUAAUUUGGAAUUCCAUCAAUUUUAAAUCUCCUUAAAUGUAAGGGAGUUGUGAGUAUAUUUAACUUAUAUGCAUAUUAUGCUGCGGUCAAAUAACUGAAUUAAUUUGCAUAUCAGACAGUCAUGACAUUUCAAGCGCAGGUCUGAUUUAUUGUUUUAGUUGAAUAAUGUUAAGUAGAUUAAAAACACACCUCAUCUAGAUUAGCCUGCAAAAAUUUUGUGGUAGUCUGUAUUACAAUAUUCUGAAUUAAGAAUUUAAUUUAUAGUAAUUUGAUUGUGGCAUGACAAAGAAAGACUGACUUAAAUGCAUAGGUUAAGAAACAAGAGAGGGUUAUAAAAAAGAUGAUUGGGUGUAGUUUGUAUUUAAAUUGUAUGUAAGAAUAUAGAUACUAGGCAUCACACAUGAUUGUUACCUGAGAAAGAAAUGUGCCUACCUAUAAUAAACGAACAGUGGCCAAUAUUGUAUUUAACGAUGUAUCAAGGAAUAUAUGUAUAAUAUGAAAACGGCAUAUAGUACGUCUUGUGAUACUUUCGUGGCCCAACUGAUAAAGUACACAAACUGUAGUUAUUAUAAUUCAAUUAAUUUCAUUAUUUUCAUUAAUCAUUUGUUUACAUUAUAUUAUUUUUUAAAUACUGAAUGUUUUGUAUCUUCUGAAUAUUUUUUUUUAUGUCAUUGUGAUUAUAUUUUAAUUUGAAUAUAUAUUUUCUAUUAGUAAGUAUUCAUACCGUUUAACAAUAAUUAUAGCUACUGGUAGCUAAUAUAUUGUACAAGUUCCUAAAUGCAAGCAGUAAUACUGUAAGCAGAUAUUAAAAUUAUCUUGAUGAAUAUUGUUGUAAUAGGCAUGCAGAUAUAAAUAAUAAUGGAUAGAA